AUGUCGUCCGUUCAGCUAUCUUUCUCUCUCCGCGUUUCUUCCGGCGUCAAGUCCGUCCAUUUGCUUGGAUCCUGGGACAACUACGUCGGCCAACUCCCGCUCGCCAAGGACAAGUCUUCCUCUAAGUCCGGCUCGUGGAAGGGCACAUUCAAGUUCUCAGGCACCCUUGAGGCUGGUCAGCGAUACUGGUACUACUACAUCAUCGAUGGCUACCACGUCUCGCACAACCCCAGUGAGGCCUCGACCGUCGAGCCCACCACUGGCCGUGCCCUGAACAUCCUUGACGUCCCCAAGGACAAGCACAGCAAGUCUUCCUCCAAGUCGCACAGCUCCUCCAAGAGCUCGUCAAAGCACUCGUCUUCCAAGGACAAGGACUCCAAGCACCGAUCUUCCAAGCGCAGCUCCCUCGCCGUUGACAUCCCCAAGGGCCGUCCUCUCUCCACCUCGCAGAUCAAGGCACCCAAGCCAAUCUCGCCUCAUGCCACCCGUCACAUCCUCGAUGCUGACUACUGCGACGAGGACACCAUUGAGGAGCUCACCGCCCGCUUCGGCAGUGCCGGUAUCGACGAGGAGGAGUUCAUCACCGACUUCUCCAGCUCUCCCGUCUCGUCGUCCGGAUCCAGCCUGUCCUACCGCUCCGACAGCUCUUCGCCCAACUCGUCGCUCUCCGGCUACAGCACACCCAGCUCCGACUGCAGCAACUGCACCUGCGAGCGCUACGGCAUCACUCGCAAGGGCGACCGUGUCAAGAUCGACUGUGGUGGUGCCCGAUGCGGUUACAGCGACUCUGAGAGCUCCUGCUCCAGCGGCGACGAGUCCGAGGAGGAGUACGUCUCCCAGGGCUCCCGCCGCAACGGCAUGGUCGUGCGUGCGUAA